AGAAUAUGCGGCAGCCAUCUUUGGUGUGGGCAAAGUACCUAGCUGCACACUGAGCCGUCCUUCCCCGCCAGGCUGCCCAAGGCUGAGGCCGUGGCGGCGGCCGGCUUGGUUUCCAUGAUGGUAGCCGCCCGGCCGAGGCGACGGCUACUGCUGCUGAGGAGACGUCAAGCGGCGGCCCGGUUGCUGGGCGUCCUGUGGCUGGCGUGUGUCGCCGCGGAGGGCGUUGGCGGCGGGGAGCCCCCGCUCAAGUGCGACGAGCUGAGGCUGGGGCAAUAUAUUUGUGAAGAUCCCAAAAUAGACAAUAGCACACAAGAACCACUGAAUUGUACAAAUCACACAGCAAAUGUUCCAUGUCGUCCAGCACCAAAUAUUACUUGUAAGGAUCACAGUGGCAAUGAAAACAACUUUACUGGAAAGGAAGUUGGAUUUUACAAACCUAUUGCAUGUCGUAAUGUAAAUGGUUACUCAUACAAAGUGGCAGUGGCUCUGUCUUUAUUUCUUGGAUGGUUGGGAGCAGAUAGAUUUUAUCUUGGGUAUCCUGCCUUAGGUUUGUUAAAGUUCUGCACUGUAGGGUUUUGUGGAAUUGGUAGCCUAAUUGAUUUCAUUCUCAUUUCAAUGCAGAUUGUUGGACCUUCUGAUGGCUCUAGUUACAUUAUAGAUUACUAUGGAGCAAGGCUUACCAGGCUGAGUAUUACCAAUGAGACAUUCAGAAAAACACAGAUGUAUCCUUAAGUCUGGCAGGAAGUGUCAUGUACACACAGAGACCUCUUUCAAACCCCUUGCAUUUACUGAGAGGAAGACGUACAGAAAACAUGUAAUGGGAAGCCACUGUCUGCUAAGGACCUGACUGAUACCAGCGUCUGUGUGACUGACUGUCCCUGCAUAGUCUGAAGAGAGCAGGACUAUCCCACUGUAUGGAUUGCAUAGACAAUAACGGAAGCCGGGGAAAGGAGGAAUCUUUAUCGUUCAGGGCUGUCAUUUCAUGAUCUCGUCCACUGUAGCCCUAUCAAGAGGAAGAUGUGCAUCACUUUUCAGUUAUUUUGUUAAAUAAGCAUGAGCAAUGAACAUCAUGCUAACAAACAUAAUUCCUGGUAUUUCAAACAGUAUCUUGAAUUUAAAAGCAUGUGCUAGUGUAAGUGUGUAUCUGGUAGGUUUGGGGGCUAGGAUGAAAAGUGACUGACUUGACAUUCGCUAUCUUUCUCCCAGCUCCUUUGCAAAAGUAGGAACAGAAUCAGAAUAAAAAAUGUUUGUUUUACAGCUGUACCAAGUUACAGCACACUCUCUCUCCUCCUUCCCACUUGCAUCAAGUACAUCCUGUACUUUUGGCAACAUGUUGACUGGAUAUUUAAAAGCUGUGAACUGUUCUGAAAGUUUCACAUACAGAGUUAUGAGCCAUGUGUGUUUGAUCAAAAUUCAAUUACUGCACUGUACCAUGCUUGGAAACCUAUCAUCCCAGGUUAUGAAGUAUGACGAAAUAGGCUAAUCUAAUUGGUUCAGUAUGGGAGCAGUAUCAACCAAGCUUGUUAUGAUAAAUAGCUUCCUGUGUUAAAGGUUCUCUAGAGCUUAAGUAUCUUGGCUCACCUCCUCCCACAAAAUAAGAAUAUUGUUCCCUGAGAACAGUUACAUCACUGCCCCUCUUCUACAAUCACAAUUAAGGGGUUUAAAAUUUUUCAUUUUGCUACUCCUUGAAAAGAUAAACAAUGGAAAUAUCUGCCCCAUUUCUCACUUCCCCACUUCUACCUCUUCUCCCCUCACAGCCCCUUCCCCUCCCAGCCAAGGCUAGAUCAUCUUGUACUCACCCUGGUUGUUGGAUCUGUUUUACUACUGUUUGAGACAAUCCCAAAGAGGACGUUAAACUUGCUCCGGGCUGGAGUUUGAGGGUUGUAUGGUUUUGUAUUUGGGGGAAUAGAAUUAAAUGAGGAAGCAUAUUAGUAUUUCCAAGCAUCUAAUAAAACUGCCUUGUCACAAUGAA